AUGAUCUCAGGGGAAUAUCAACCUAACUCUAGGAACCUUCAGGCAUAUUCCGACACAGUCAUCUCACCCUGUACUAGGUGUGCAAACUCUAUCUAUUUCAAAUCUCAGAGGUACUUUGGGAGGCACUCUGCAUUGAAGACCAUCAAAAAAUGUUCCCAAGUGACUGAACCGGGUCUAUCAUGGUUGAAACUGGGUACCGUGGAGGAAGAACUGAAUUAUGCUGUGGAGGGACUAGGUGGCCCUAUGAUGGUGUCAGAUGAUACGGUGGAGACACUGGGUUAUACUAUGGCAGUACUAGAUGAUGCAGUAGAGGCACCGGAUUGUACUGUGGUGGUGUUGGAUGUUGCACAAGGCGCUGUGACUCAACAAAAUGAAAUCACCUAUGAUGCAAUUGAUAUAGAUUCUGAUGAUGAGACCAAGGCUGUAGAAAAGGAAAGGAGUGAAAAAUCUUUGGAUGUUGAUGCUAUUGCUGUAGAGCAUCGAUAUGCAUGUUCUAUGGAUGGAACUAUGGUUAUGUCACGAGCUGAUGGUGUUGUCAAAGAGAGAAUUUGUAGUCUGGAUAACUGUGUUUUAUCCUGUUCAUCAAAUUCUGGGGAUGAGCUAAUGGAUGUGAGUUCAUAUGAUGAUUGCAACAGGAUCGAAAUGAAUUCUUCAUCAAAAUCUUCCUCUCCUCUUUCAGAGAAUGAAGUGUCAUGGAACCAACAAGUGGUAGAACAUGGUCAUGGUGGACAUGAGAUUAAUAUAAAAAANAAGGAAGUUGUUGUCUGCCCAGAUUAUAUAAUAUAUGGGGAUACGUAUUGUGCAGAGUCAAGGUUAACUUUUUCAUGCAGCUGUAUCAAACUUGAGGGUUCAACUAUUAAUGGAUCCAAACAAGCAUUUAGUUUUGAAUGGGCUGUUGAGGAUAUUGUCAAUAUUAAAUCAGACUGGUAUGCAAAGGUUGAAACUGCUAUUGUUAGUCUUCUUCUCAAAACAAAGGAUUCCAAAAGAUAUGGAAAUGUAAAUGGAAUUCCAGGAAUUGAUCUGUUGAAGUUUGUAGUUUAUGACCCAUACUGGUCUGAGGGACAGGAAGGAAUCCAAUCAUUGAAUGUGAGAUACAGGGAUAUCUGGAAUAUCACUAUUGACAAUGAUGGAGAAAAUGAAGAAAAUGCUUUCUCAGGGCAUAUUUCACGGCCUUAUUUCUCUGAUUUUUCUGAGCCUUUUGAAGAAAUUGUCUACCCAAAAGGAGAUCCAGAUGCUGUAUCAAUUAGUCAAAGAGACAUUGAACUUCUGCAGCCGGAGACUUUCAUCAAUGAUACUAUCAUCGACUUUUAUAUUAAAUAUUUGAAGAAUAAAAUUCUCCCUGAGGAGCAACAUAGAUUCCACUUUUUCAAUAGUUUCUUCUUUCGGAAACUUGCGGAUAUAGACAAAGAUCCACAUAGUGCUUGUGAAGGCAGAGAGGCGUUUAAACGUGUUCAAAAAUGGACUAGAAAAGUGAAUCUGUUUGAAAAGGACUACAUUUUUGUUCCUGUGAACUACAGCCUUCAUUGGAGUUUGAUUGUCAUUUGCCAUCCUGGCGAAGUGGCUCAUUUCAGAGAUGAAGAAAUUGGAGAAUCACUAAAAGUUCCAUGCAUCUUGCACAUGGACUCAAUUAAAGGAAGUCACAGAGGCCUUAAAAAUCUGUUUCAAAGUUACUUAUGUGAAGAGUGGAAAGAGAGGAACAAAGAGACAACAGAUGAUGUUCUUUCCAAGUUCUUACACAUACGGUUUGUUUCACUUGAGGUAUUGAUUCUUCUUGGAGACAAUUUUUUUUGGUUGAUAUAGGGACUGGAAUGUUUUAUUGCUAUAUAGAUAAUUUCUCUUUCUUUGGUUCUUAUUCAUUUUGUAGGAUAUAUCUUAUCCUCCCACUUUUUAUCUUCUUCAUUUUCUGAUAAAUCUUCUUUUUCUAUUAAAAAAAUUAUUUAGUUGGUAUAAAUUUUAUACAUGGACGGUGCUCCCUUAGUACCUUGCAUCAAUACAUCUUCACACUUUUAUUUCAAAAAAAAAAUUAUUUAGUUUAUUUAUUAUAUAUUUGUAUUGCAAUUAGCUGCUUUCCUCUAUGUAGAUAUGUAAUUUCUGUAGGUCAAUGUGGCCAAAACUAUUUACAAAUAAUUAAACGGUUUUCUUUUGAUUGGUAUCUGCAUCCUUGAAAAUAUUGGUGCAUAUCGUGGGUUGGUUGGGGGAAUGUCUGAAGUGGUCUGCUUCUUUCUUCAAAUGGUUCCCUCUACCUGGAUAUUAUUUUAUCUAUUUUUUGCUUACCAUUUCGGCUUCCUGUUAUAUUUUUAUGCUAUUGGCUAUAUAAUUUUUAAUAUUUUAGACAUUUUUCUCUGUCACUUUCCUCCUUACAAAAGAAAUGAUGGGAUGGGGCAAGAUAUAUUCGUGAAGUACAGUGUAUUUCCUUCAAAUUUAAAUUUAGGGGUGUUUCUGUGUGAUACAGUAAAGCUUAUGGAAAAUUAUAAUUUGUCAAAAUGUAACUUCAGGACUAAGAGUAACAAGCUUUCUUUUGGACUUGGCAACAAAUACACCUAUCUAAGCCCAAAGUUUAUUCUUCAGAAAUCCAUGAACAAUGAUGAAGCUUGAGAGGCCCCUACUCUGAACAUUUUAGUAUAUGUAAAUAUGAGAUAUCUUACAUGUUUAUUGUUUAAAUAAUUUAUAUUCUGUAAAUUUAAAGUAUGAAAAAAUAAGUUAUUAAAAAAUAAUUAAUAAAAAUAAUUAGUUAAAAACUAAUAAACUAGAUAAGUAUAGCAAGUCUUAACAACCUAGAUUGCCAAAAUUUUGCUUUUAUCUCCCUCUUCUAGAGGCAACCCUCUUCAGUCAUAGAUCUCCAUAGCUAUAGUUACCAAAAAGGGCUUUGUUAAAGUCCACUAUCAGCCUGAUCCAAAGUCCAUCCUCUGAAAAAGGAGCUUAAACACAUUCCAGGAAGCCAAAUGAAAUUCUGUUCUUCUCUGUAAAGUCAUCCCUUAAGAAAAUGACAGAAUAAUUUCUAGCUUUUUUGGCCACACUAGCAGAUAUAGAAUAAUAGAAGAUGAUAUAUUAGAAAAUAUACUCUUCAUAAGUGUCAGCUUACAGCCUUUGGAAAGGAACCUCUUCUAUCCUACCAAUUUAGUCUCAAACUUAAUCACGAUAGAAUCCCAAAUAUUCUGAGGGCCAACAAAGUCUAGAGGAAGACAAGCCACAUUGCACCCUAGAAUUCUAACUAAAGAAAUCGAGCGCCUCCCUCCGCCAAACAAGACCAGUUUGAUUUUGCCAAAUUAAUAUUGAGCCAUGAAAUGAUUUCAGAAAAGAAAAUAUUGAGCCAUGAGACAGCUUGAAGGCCCAAAGAAUGCAUCUAAUAUUCAAUAAAAGCUUGGGAAUUAGGUUGCAAAACAAAAGUGUAUCGUAAGCAAAGAGCAGGUGUGUCACCUCCAUGGCUUCGUCUCUCCCUACCACCUCCAAACCCUAAUGAAGCUGAAGAUCUUUUGCCCUAACAAGCUGCUGGUUGAGAGCCUCCAUCACAAUGAUAAAAAUAAAUGGUAGAAAAAGGUCCCAUUGCCUAAGACACGAGAAGCCAUGAGAAAACAGAUGAGCAGCCAUUGAUAAUAGCAGCAAAAGAAGAAAUUAAAAUGCAAGACUUACCCAGGAGCACCAUUUUGCACCAAAAUGAAGUCUUGUAAGCAUGUAAAAUAGAAAACUCCAAAACACAUGACCUUAGGCUUUUUUCAUGUCAAGCUUACAAAUGGCACCCUCAACCCCUCGUCGUGCUAGAUGGUCCACCACUUAGUGCAAUGAAAAAAGCUUUCAGGAUUUUCCUCUCCCCAACCAAAGCAUACAAACACUUCCUAAUCACACUGCUCAUUUCUCUCCAAUCUCCUCACCAACAGCUUUGAAGUAAUUAUAGAUACAAAGUAUCAGACUAAUGGGUCUAAAGACUGUCCUGCAAGUUUUGGUAUAAAUGCUAAAAAGCUGAAAUUAAGACUGGAUACAGAGGAUCAUAGAAUUUCGUGAAUAAUGCGAACAAAAUCCUUUUUCACUGUUCGCAAUUUCGCCGGAUGAACCCAUUUGAAACAAUCCGGUCCCAAUGCUUUAACUCCUCCACAGCUUAUGAGGACUUAAUAAAUCUCUCCCUUGGAGAACGAACACUCAAGCUGUGCCAAAUCCUAUUCCUCUUAGUGUUAAAUAGAAAACCAUCCAAGGUAGGCCACUGAGUGAAAUUUCAGUGCAAAAGGUCCUUAAAAGAACCUUUCAC